CAGGAUAUCCACAAGUUUUACACUGACGACGUCUACCGCGACGCCCCCAACCACCCCGACCGCGUCUACACUCGCCUAGACGUCCGCGAAGCCUUGGAGGUUGCUGAAGGUCUCUGCCACGACAUUGAGCUCGACGACAGAGUCGCGGACCUGACAGAGUCAGACGCCUCCGACCCCGAAGACACGGAGCAGGCCCUCUCCGACUCUGAGCCGUUCGACGUCGGUCUCGAUAGACUGCUGCAUCCUCGGCGGAAAGAGUCCUCCGUGCACGUUGAGGAUCACCGCGAACGCCGCCCUUCGAAGCGAAGACGCGAGAAAACUCUCUCACGCGAGACUCCCGUAUCGAAGAAGAAGCGGAAACGGCGCGAAACGCGGUCGCCGCCAGUCCCAGGAGUCGCGACGCCUGAUUCGAACAACGCGGACACGGGUACAAGCGACUAGAAGCUGUAGCGACUAGCGAGGCAUACGAGGUCCCCAAGAAAUCGGCACAAGGCGACACGGCAGCACAACCGCCCGUCUUCCGCAGCAACGAUGGCGUCUCUCUUCUCCCUCAGGGGGCUAUUCGCCCGCCGUGCCGCGGCUCCCACCGCCCAGCCCACGACCUGCACAUCCGCCACGCGCCUCUUCUCGACGACACCGUCCGUCGCGGCGCGCGCACCGCCCAAGUCCGUGAGCAAAGGUAGCAGCAGCAGCGGCGCCAAGAGCAGCAGCGCCGGCAGGCCCACGCGCAAGAACCGCGGGCCGACGCGGUCGGAGAACCACUCGCGCAUCAAGACACUCCGACAGAACAUGUUCUCGCCCGCACCGCCGCCGCUGCGCAUGGCGCGCCUCCGCUACCUGCGCCACUGGACCAUUCACCGCGCGUGGCAGCUCUUCCGCCGGCAGCAGCACGAGGCGCUGGACCGGGAGCGCCACCGCAUGCACGCGGGCAUGUUCAAUGCGUGCGAGGAGCUGCGCCGCACCGUCGGGCCCGAGGGCCGCGACGAGGGGUACCUGUUUCGCGUGGCCAUGGAGAAGAAGGGCGUCUACGGCAUCGACGGCGUGCCCAUUGAGUAUGCGCGCUUCCAGACGGAUACGCCCGCAAAGGAGGCUUGGAACCACGACUGGAAGAGGUGAAGGGGGUCUAGCGUGUAUGAGUAAGAACGGAGGGAGGGGGCUUGGCUUUCUAUUUUUAUGCAGGGCAUAGCCAUCCAUGUAUCACCAUCAUGGGUUAGAGCACGGGUUAGGGCUCGUGUCGACAACCGAGUAAAGAACAGCAUUGACGGCAAUUUCAGUUCAUCCAUGAGAUGGCGAUUUGCAAAAUCUUUCGUGGCGUGGUGCUGGACUGAGAAAAUUCGCG